AUGGUACCGCCCCAAUUUAACGCGGAGUCCUGCAAUUCUCGCGAGAAGCCGGUUGAUUCACCUGUCAGUUUGGCUGGUAGUCAUCAAAGAGGCAGUCUAGAAGGCUGCUGUCCAGAAGAAAACAAAAGUGAUGACAGGGAGAAGUCUGAUGGCAAGGAAGUAAGAACGGAUCGGCAAACCACGGAGGAGAAUACUACCUUUCUUCAGAAGUGUAUACUGAAUCCUAGUGAGCUGUCAGGAUGUAUGUCUAAUUCAGAUUCUGGAGAAGACAGCAUGGAAACACAGACUUGGAAAUUAAGUGAACCUUCCCAAGAAAAACUAAGUAAUGCAACAACAGGUAUUACUUCCCAGGUGUAUAAAUUUUAAAUAUAUUCUACAGCAAACUCUUCCAAUGUGGAAUGUUCUGAAGAAACAGAUGUAGAUCCUCAGAUUCAAGCAGCUAUAAAGGAAAUGAAUAAACUUGACACAAUACUGGCAAAAAAACGUGUUAAGGAGAGAGCAAUUAAAAAACAAGGCGAAGAAAUGAGGGCAAAGCUCUGGAAAGAACUUCAGUCUAUCAGAAGCACUGGAAGCCAUGAGGAGAUAGAAAACACAAAACAUUUUUUAGCUUUGAUCUCGCGGCAAGAUACAGCGGAUCCCUCCCAUGCUAAAGAAGAUGAAAUAUGUACCUUGGUCUUUCACACACAAAUUAAUCCAGAAGAUUAUGAUUGCCAUAACACCCAGCAUAAUCAGGAUUAUCCGAGUGACUUAGAAACAAAUGAGUUUCUUAAUCAAGCAGAAAAAAAGCAUAGCAAAAGUAAAACCAAUCAGGAUUUCAUUAAAAAGAACAUUGAGCUAGCAAAGGAUUCAGGAAACCAGAUUGUUAUGCUUGAAGGAGAAAGGAAAAGGCUAAUUGAACUGUUGAAAGAUAUAGAAGAAGGAAUUGAAUUGCCAGGUCUUGAGCAGGAGGAUGUAUCUGGUGGGCUGGUACCAGGAGAAGGGUACACACCUGAACCAACGGAAUUUCACCGCUUAAAUGAGAUAGACAUUAAACUUCAAGAACUUCAAGUACUACUAUGUGAUGGGGAUUCUUCUGUGAUUUCCAGCUCUUGCUCAAAAUCUCCAAGCCAGAUUUAUCAGGAGUCUCUGGUUUAUGCAAACAGGAGUCUAGAAGCAGUUCCAGGUGAAAAGGUUCUGCGAGACAAAAAGGAACAACGUGAUCAGCAAAAUCGCCUGAAGGAAAUAGAUCAUCAGCUGAAAUCCCUAGAGAACAAUCUUACUGAAGAACAAACGGGCCUCUCUGAAGAGCAGCUUAAGACCCUUCUGGAGGAAUGUAUGCAGCCUCAGAGAACAAUAAGCCACGUUACCAUGCCGAAGUCUCAGGAAUCUCUUUCUUAUGGAUUAAGACGGCCUUGUUACACAAGUCAAGACUCCACUCUUCACUCCACAUCUACUCUUUCCAAAAUGUUAGUUGAAGACCAUAUUGUGGCUCAGGAAAAGGCUGGACUGGAAGACAAAAGCUUAUGUGUUAAUGCAGAGAGUGAAAUCCCUGGCUACUACAUCAGCAAAACAUUGGCUGAUGGUCACUUAUCAAAGGAUUCACUAGCCCAAACAGAGGAACCUGAUGACCUAGAAGGUUUACAGAAGAUGGGAGAUAAGACUAUUACUGAAGGUUACUUUAUGUCAAGAGCACUCAACACAGAAAGUUUGAAGAAACCUUCUUUCUUGGGUGAACCAUUAUGUUGCAUCAGCAUGAACAAUGAGCCAUCCAGAGAGGCUGACAUUCCCAGCAUACCACUGCAAACCAAAGGAGGUGAGACUCUGAACAGCCCUUUAGAAUAG